AUCCCACUUCCCCUCGUCAACACUUCCCCUUUCCCGAGAAUUCCGAACCAGCAACUCUCAAACAUAGUAUAAAGAUGGCAACCUACACAACAAACCACGCCCCUUCCGUUCUGGCAACGCACGGGUGGCGCACAGCCCAAAACUCCGCCGCCUAUCUGCUCCCCCACCUCACCCCGACCAUGAAAAUCCUCGACAUUGGCUGCGGCCCGGGAAGUAUAACAGUCGACCUAGCAACAUAUAUCCCGCAAGGCCACAUAACGGGCCUUGAAUACAGCGAGGAUCCGCUCCCAGCCGCGCGCGACCUCGCUGCCUCGCGUGGGGUAGAGAAUGUCACGUUCAUCACGGGCGAUAUCCACGAGCUCCCGUUUGAAAAUGACACGUUCGAUGUCGUGCACGUGCAUCAGGUCCUGCAACACAUCGCAGACCCGGUCCAAGCCAUGCGUGAGAUGCACAGGGUGGCGAAAUCGGGGGGUAUCGUCGCUGCACGCGAGUCCGCGAGUUUCAACUGGUUCCCCGAGAACAAGGGGAUAGAAGCCUGGCUCGAACUAGCGACCCGCGUUGCGCGAGCAAAGGGCGGGAACCCGCAUCCGGGGAAUAUGAUGCAUGUCUGGGCGACGGAGGCAGGGUUUGCGAGGGAGCAGGUGAAGAGGAGUGCGGGGGCUUGGUGCUUUAGUUCGCCGGAGGAGAGAGAGUAUUGGGGUGGGGGGAUGGCGAGGAGGAUGGAGGGCUCGGGCUUUGUAGAUCAGGUUGUUGCGGAUGAGGGAGAGGAGGUGAGGGAGGUGUUAAAGGGGAUUGCGAAAGGGUGGAGGGAGUGGGUAGAGGAAGAGGAUGGCUGGUUUGGGGUGCUUCAUGGGGAGAUGUUGUGUUUCAAAUGACUUUCGAUGUCCACUUUACUUUGUCCUCGGAGGAGUUCGCAUGCUAGUUACAAUCCAUGUGGUCGUUGAAAUGACCCCCGCAUCCAGAUCGCUGGACCCCAUGUUGAGCACCGGAAAAUGUCCAUUGGGAUCGUUGGCCAUCGGUCAUCUUCCGAGCCCUCCGAGCAAGAGGUAAUUAAAGUCACGCGAGAAUCCCUUGCUGACAUCCCCAAGAAGAAAGUUAUCCGGCACAACACUCCAACAUGCCUCCUCAACCAGGGAAUUACCCUUCCUUCGACUCCCUCCCCGUCGACAAGUCCAGUCCGGCCCACGCGGAAACGCAUGGGGCCUCUGGGGCCCCGAGGAUCAACUUGGUACCUUGAGUCUGCUAAGAGAUGAGGUCGUCCAGCGCGCCGCAGCAGAGAAGAUCAAAAUUGGCAAGAGGGUAUUGCUCAAUUGGUUCAUGACCGCCGCCUCACAUCCAAGGCUCCCGAGGAAGCCUCUGGAGCUGUGGCUUAUCAACAAGGCUCCGCUAAGACAUGCGCA